CUUCCAGGCCUCGCAGUCCCCUCCCCUCUUUUGGUUUCUCUUUAACAUUCCUCUGCUGUGCAGCUGAGCUCUUUCGUCUCAGACUUGUUACGUUUACUCUGCGCCGGAAGAAGAACCUGAGAACGCUUUUCGAACUAUGGCGGCGGUGGAUAUCCGAGAUAAUCUGCUGGGAAUCUCUUGGGUUGACAGUUCCUGGAUCCCUAUUUUGAACAGUGGAAGUGUCCUGGAUUACUUUUCAGAAAGAAGUAAUCCUUUUUAUGACAGGACAUGUAAUAAUGAAGUGGUCAAAAUGCAGAGGCUAACAUUAGAACACUUAAAUCAGAUGGUUGGAGUGGAAUACAUCCUUUUACAUGCUCAAGAGCCCAUUCUUUUUAUCAUUCGGAAGCAACAGCGGCAGUCCCCUACUCAAGUUAUCCCACUGGCUGAUUACUAUAUUAUUGCCGGAGUGAUCUAUCAGGCACCAGACUUGGGAUCAGUUAUAAACUCUAGAGUGCUUACUGCGGUACAUGGCAUUCAGUCAGCUUUUGAUGAAGCUAUGUCAUACUGUCGAUAUCAUCCUUCCAAAGGGUAUUGGUGGCACUUCAAAGAUCAUGAGGAGCAAGAUAAAGUCAAACCUAAAGUCAAAAGGAAAGAAGAACCAAGCUCUAUUUUCCAGAGACAGCGUGUGGAUGCUUUACUCCUAGACCUUAGACAAAAAUUUCCACCCAAAUUUGUGCAGCAUUUCUCCUCAGAUCUGGAGAAGAAAAUAGAUUCUUGGUCUCCUCGAAGCCUUCUCUGAGCUCCUAUUUACCUAUUUUGUCUUCCAGAACCAUUUGUAGCUUAGGAUUUCUGGAUCCGAGGGAUGUUGCCCCUUUAUGGGGGUGCUCGGGAGAAUAUUGGAGAAGUCCUGCAUUUUUCCUUGAAGCUCCUUUUUCCAUAUUUUAACUUUUGUUACUACUGAAAGUUACACCAAAACUGAUGUGAUAGGAGUUCAGGCCUUCAGUGCCUUUUGCUAUGAAUGUCUUUUCAGUGCUGUUUUCAGAAACUGCUAGGACACCAUAGGAUAUUGCUUCAGUUAGGUUUAUUCCAAAGUUACCUAAUAAAUUUUGCCAGAAAGGUCACCUCCGUUCUAUUUUCCCAUCUUAAACCACAUCCUACUAGUUUUUGUGACAGUGUUCACUAGAAAAGAUUAGACAGUGUGCACUAGGUAGGUAAUGAAUGACAUUUCAAUGUCUGGAUAUGGUCCAGUGUCCAGUAUAGUUCAAGUGGUUCAGUGCUAGCAGUAUAAGAAUAUCGCCUCUCAAUUUCUCAUUCCUCAAUGUUACACCAUCUAUUUCCUCUCCUGUUUUAAAGUAAAGAAAAAUUAUUUGUUCCCUCAAAUUAUUUUAGACAUGUUUAAGUCCUAAUAUGUUCAUAAAACAGGUAAUUAUGUUGUUGUGUUGGGGAUUCCCAUGACCACCCCCAUGUUUGGAGAUUUGCUUGAAGGACUCACAGAAUUUAUUACAGUGACAUGGUAGGGCUAUACAAGCCAGAUAUAAGGAAAAAAGGCAGUAGUGGAGUCUGGAGGAUUCCAUCUGCGGGCUUCCUUACACUCUCUUCUUCCCAUGAAGAGUCAUACAGAGUACAUUCUUGCCUUAACAGUGAAAAUGCAGCAACAUGUAAGUGAUAUUUCUGCCUAAGGAAGUCCAUUAGAGACUUGGUGCUCACGUUCUGGGGGGAGGUUUUUCAGGUAGGUACCUUCUAUCUAGCACAUACCAAAAUUCCACAUUCUUUGAAGGAAGGCAGGUAUUCAGCAAAAACAACAUUUUUUAUACAAACAGUCUAGGUGUAAUGAACUGCCAUUAUCAGUUAUAAAAUGGUGGGAACCCUCCUGAAAUCCAAAUUUCCAGAUACCAGCCAAAGGCCAACCUUGCAGCCUGGCCCUUCUAAGGAUAGUAGCUCAGGCCUUCUAUGUUAACCUUUUCUGUACAAUGGGUAAUAAUGGGAAGCUCAGUUUUGGUCUUAAGUGUAAUGGUUCCCAGAACUUGUAGUUGGCGUGGGCGAGUAGGCAGUUUGUAGCAUGAAUCUGGAUCAUGUGACAUCAGAAAAGUGUGUAGUCUCUAGUCAUAGGAAUAGAUAAGAAGCUUAAGGAGGUCAUGUAAAUUCAGAAAGAAAUUCAGAAAACAAAUGGAGGCAUUAAACUGUAUAAAAAUAAAGAGAACACUUUCAUUCUGAGAUGACAGGGAUGUAUAGAGAGGUAUUUUUUAUGUAUAUAUAUCUGUAUAUAAAGGUAUAAUAAGUUUGGAGGUAGGUAGAUAGGAGAGAACUUGGGACAUUGACACCCUUAUUGGCUGAGGGUGAGGGACAGGUUGUGAGCCUUGAGGAGGAAGAAGGAGGGAGAGGAGGAGGAAAGUGUUUUAAAGCAUUUAACUUGGGUAGUGAGAACAGGGAGAUGACAGGGCCCUCUGAAUUAAAAGAAUUGCUGUGCAGAAUGAAGGAUCUGACCUUGUUCCUGACUCUUAGUGCCCCCAUCAUUUUUUCCUGCAUUUUGAUUUCUAAUAGUCCACUCAACAGAAGCCUUAUAUUCAUAGAAAAAUACCUCUUUUUCUUUAUGUCCCAUACCUGCCAACUUUAAAAGUCAGACAUCCAAAUUUCAUUCUACUUACUUAUAGCUCAUAUCCCCUAUGCAAAUAAGCCUCUGGAGUCUUGAAAGGCUCCAUUAUUCCCUCUCAUUGGA